GGGCGGAGCUCGCGGGGCCGGGCUCGCUGGGUCGGGGCGGGUCUGCGCCGCCGCCGUCAGUGCCGCCCCGCCCUCGGCCCCGCUGCUUGCUCUGUUCCUCACGCUGCAGCCCCCGCCGUAGCCGCCGCGGAGCCCACUGCCACCGCUUCUGAGCAGAAGAUGGCUGUGCCUCCCACGUAUGCUGAUCUUGGCAAAUCUGCCAGGGAUGUCUUUACCAAGGGCUAUGGGUUUGGCUUAAUAAAACUUGAUUUGAAAACAAAAUCUGAGAAUGGACUGGAAUUUACAAGCUCAGGUUCAGCCAACACCGAGACCACCAAAGUGACGGGCAGUCUGGAAACCAAGUACAGAUGGACCGAAUAUGGUCUGACGUUUACAGAGAAAUGGAACACUGACAACACACUAGGCACGGAGAUUACUGUGGAAGAUCAGCUUGCACAUGGCCUGAAGCUGACCUUCGAUUCAUCCUUCUCACCAAACACUGGGAAAAAAAAUGCUAAAAUCAAGACAGGGUACAAGCGGGAACAUAUCAACCUGGGCUGUGACGUGGAUUUUGACAUUGCCGGGCCUUCCAUCCGGGGUGCUCUGGUGCUGGGUUACGAGGGCUGGCUGGCUGGCUACCAGAUGAAUUUUGAGACCGCGAAGUCUCGAGUGACCCAGAGCAACUUUGCAGUUGGCUACAAGACUGAUGAGUUCCAGCUUCACACUAAUGUAAAUGAUGGGACAGAGUUUGGUGGCUCCAUUUAUCAGAAGGUGAAUAAGAAGUUGGAGACUGCUGUUAAUCUGGCCUGGACAGCAGGAAACAGUAACACUCGCUUCGGAAUAGCAGCCAAGUACCAGAUCGACCCUGACGCCUGCUUCUCGGCUAAAGUGAACAAUUCCAGCCUGAUAGGGUUAGGAUAUACUCAGACCCUAAAGCCAGGUAUCAAACUGACACUGUCAGCUCUGCUGGAUGGCAAGAAUGUCAACGCUGGUGGCCACAAGCUUGGUCUAGGACUGGAGUUUCAAGCAUAAAUGAAUACUGUACAAUCGUUUAAUUUUAAACUAUUUUGCAGCAUAGCUACCUUCAGAAUUUAGUGUACCUUUUAAUGUUGUAUGUCUGGGAUGCAAGUAUCGCUAAAUAUCAUGUUAGACUUCCAGGUUAAAGAUGAUUCAGCUUUAGGGUGUUACCCUUUCAGAGGUACAGAAGAAACCCAAUUUCAAAAAAGGUCCUUUCAGCUGUAGACUUGAGGGGGAGCUUGCUGGCCCCUCUAGAGAUGUCAGGGUUCUUUUUUACCUAGAAAUGGCUGCAAGUGGAAGUUGAUAAUCUGCAGGCACUUUGUAAUUUGUAAAUUCGUAUUGAGUAAAUGAAUGAAAUUGUGACUUCCUGAGAAUUGAACCUUGGUUUCCUACCCUGAUUGAGGAGAGGCUGUUUGAUGGUGUAUACAAACUCAUCUGAAAGGGACUUUUUUAGGCAGGGACUUUUUCCACCCCAAUCCAUCACCUCUUUUACACCAAAAGUAGUCUGCAGGGCGUGGUAGCUGUUUCUUUUGUGCCAUUUUGGGGUGGAGAAGGUGGAUGUGAUGAAGCCAAUAAUUCAGGACUUAACUGUGUUUUUUCUCAUGUUGUGUUUUUUUUGCCCUUGCACCAGAGUAUGAAAUAGCUUCUAAGAGCUCCAGCUGCAAGCUGGGAAGAGUCUCUGUGACUGUAAUCACAUGGUGACAACACUCAGAAUCUAAAUUGAACUUCUGUUGUAUUCUCGCCACUCAGUUUAUUUUUUAGCAGUUUAAUGGGUACAUUUUAGAGUCUUCCAUUUUGUGUGGAAUUAGUUCCUCCCCUUCAAAUGCUGUAAUUAACAUCACUUAAAAUAAAACUUGAAUAAAAUAUUGAAACCUUA